AUAAAAUGAACACGUUCUUUUAGUCCAUGGCAGCAGAGACAGAAAAUGAAGCUAGGGGUACUAAGCCAUUUGGUGGUUUGUUACUUUUCCCACAUCUGGGCAGCAAACAUAGAAUACUACAUUGGAAUUAUAGAAACUGACUGGAACUAUGCACCUGGGACAAAGGACAUAAUUUCUGGGAAGUUAUUUUCAGAGGAAGAUGCAGCAAGUGUCUUUAUCCAACAAGGCCCCCACCGGAUAGGAAGAACGUAUAAAAAAGCUGUGUUCGUGCAGUUCACAGAUAACUCCUACAAAAACACUGUUGAAAAGCCUUCAUGGCUGGGCUUCCUAGGCCCUAUCCUUAAAGGGGAAGUUGGAGACACCUUUACCAUUCACUUGAAAAAUUUUGCUACAAGGGCCUACAGUCUCCAUCCCCAUGGUGUCAAAUACACAAAGUCAAAUGAAGGUGCUUUUUAUCCUGAUUUGACUACAGGCCGGCAAAAGAAAGAUGAUGUUGUGCAACCAGGAGAACAGUUUGUUUACACAUGGGAAGUAACUGAAGAUCAUGGCCCAGCAGAGGGUGAUAAUAAUUGUGUGACCAGGAUUUAUCACUCACAUAUAGAUGCCCCCAAAGAUAUUGCUACUGGGCUUAUUGGACCCUUGAUUGUUUGCCGAAAAGGCACAUUGCAAAAUGGAAAAGACAAAGAUGUUGACAAGGAAUUCAUCUUAAUGUUCUCUGUGAUGGAUGAAAAUUUCAGCUGGUACUUAGAUGAUAAUAUCAAGAAAUACUGUUCUGAGCCUGACAAAGUUGACAAAGAGAAGGAAGACUUCCAAGAGAGCAAUAAAAUGCACUCAAUCAAUGGAUAUAUGUAUGGAUAUCUUCCCAACAUCACAAUGUGUGUGGAGGAUCAAGUGAAGUGGUACCUCUUGGGCAUGGGUAAUGAAGCUGACGUCCAUUCCGCUUAUUUUCAUGGGCAAGCCUUGACAGACAGGAAGCAUCGAGUUGACACAAUCAGCCUCUUCCCAGCCACCUUUGUGGAUGCUGUCAUGGUACCACAGAAUGAUGGGGAAUGGCUUCUUAGCUGCCAGGUCAAUGAUCAUAUAGAAGGGGGAAUGCAGGCCAUUUUUGAGGUGAAAAACUGCAACCAUCAUGCUCCCUCUGUCCAGAAGGGGCAAAAAGUAAGGCAGUAUUACAUUGCAGCAGAUGAAAUUAUUUGGAACUAUGCCCCAUCUGGAAUAAAUAACUUUACAGGAGAAAAAUUGAUUCAGGAUGAGGAUGCCAAAACAUUUUUUGAACAAGGUGAACUAAGAAUUGGUGGGAGUUACAAAAAAGUUCUUUACUAUGAGUAUGUUGAUGAAACGUUUACAGUGCAACGGACAAAACUGCCUGGCGAAGAACACCUUGGACUUCUAGGACCCAUAAUCAGAGCAGAAGUUGGUGACACCAUCCGAGUGAUGUUCCAAAACAAGGCCAGUCACCCAUUUAGCAUUCAGCCACAUGGUUUGAGUUAUAGCAAAGGCAAUGAAGGUUCCUUGUACAACACCAUCUCUAGAGGCGCUGCAAGUCCAUCUUCACAUGUGAAUCCUGGAGAAACAUUCAUUUAUGAAUGGGAGGUGCCAGAAACUGUGGGUCCUACUCCAGAGGACCCAGAUUGUCUAACACGGAUGUAUUAUUCAGGAUCAGAUCCAAUCAAGGACACCAGCUCUGGCCUCGUGGGUCCACUUUUGGUGUGCAGGAAAGGAUCUUUGCUUCCAUCAGGGAGACAGAAAAAUGUAGACAAGGAAUUCUUCCUUUUAGCAACAGUAUUUGAUGAAAAUCUGAGCUGGUACCUGGAUGACAAUAUUGACCUCUUUACAGAACAACCUCCACAGGUUGAUAAGGAAGAUGAAGAUUUCCAGGAAUCCAAUAUGAUGCACUCUAUGAAUGGAUACAUGUACGGAAACCUGAAGGGUUUCAAGAUGUGUGCUGGAGACACUGUAUCUUGGCAUUUGAUUGGCCUGGGAUCAGAGGUUGAUAUUCAUGGAAUACAUUUUUCAGGAAAUACUUUUUUGACUCACGGGACAAGGAAGGAUACAACCAAUCUGUUUCCACAUACCUCCGUCACGGCUAUUAUGAAGCCUGACUCAGAAGGGGUCUUUGAGGUGGCAUGCCUGACAACCGAUCAUUACACAGGAGGUAUGCGACAGAAUUAUGAAGUGAAGAGAUGUGAUUCAUCACCAGAGGAAAAUCUGGGGUAUCUUUUUGAGAGGACCUUCUAUAUUGCAGCUGUAGAGAUUGAAUGGGACUAUUCCCCCAAUAGGACUUGGGAGUAUGAGAAGCACAUGUUCCAUGAGGAAAGUCCAGGAGAGCCCUUUCUAAACAAAGAAGAUAAGUUCAUUGGGUCAAAAUACAAGAAAGUUGUUUAUCGUGAAUAUACUGACAAAACGUUCAGUACUCCCAAAGAAAGAUCAAGCGAGGAAGAACAUCUGGAAAUUCUAGGUCCCAUCCUUGUUGCAGCUGUUAGAGAUAAAAUUAGAAUUGUUUUUAAGAACAUGGCCUCCAGACCUUAUUCUAUACAUGCACAAGGAGUGAAAACUGACUCUCCAACUGUAAAGGAAACAAGCCCAGGUGCAGUAACAGAGUAUAUUUGGAAAAUCCCCAAAAGAUCUGGUCCUGAGAAUGGGGAGUCUGACUGUAUUCCUUGGGCAUAUUACUCAACUGUGGAUAGAGUUAAGGACUUCUACAGUGGAUUAAUGGGGGCUCUCUUAGUUUGUCGCCGGCCACAUUUUGCUACACGCAUUCUCCCUGAAGGAGUACAGUUUGUGCUUCUUUUUACUGUAUUUGAUGAAAAUGAGUCUUGGUACUUGGAUGAAAACAUAAAGACCUAUUCCGCCAAUCCAGAAAGCGUGGAUAAAGAAGAUGAAGAUUUUAUUGAAAGCAAUAAAAUGCACGCCAUUAAUGGAAGAGUGUAUGGAAACUUGCAUGGCCUUACGAUGCAUGUUGGCAAUAAAGUCACUUGGUAUUUGAUCGGAAUGGGGAAUGAAGUAGAUAUGCAUACAGCACAUUUCCAUGGUCACAGCUUUAAUUACAAGCAAACCAGAACUUUCCGGACAGAUGUCUUCGACCUGUUUCCUGGGACUUUCCAAACUAUUGAAAUGCUUCCAAAUAAUCCAGGGACCUGGUUAUUGCAUUGUCACGUGACUGACCAUAUCCAUGCUGGCAUGGAGACCACCUACACAGUGCUCCCACAACAAGACGCCAAUAAAGGAUAAGUGAAGAGAAGUGAACUGGCAUUCGAAGGUUUAACUAUUAGGUGCUCAGAUCAAAUGCGCCUAUCUACUAUGACAAGAUGAGCUGUUCAAUGUCUUUAAAAAAAUCUCAUGGAACCAUAGCAAGAAAUAGAACUUCUAAGCUUUGUAACAGUUUACCCCCUUUUUUUCUGUUUUAGCAAUUUCACAUUUGUUCUGUUAAAGGAAUGUUUUUAAAAAUAACUACAAAUAAACCGGAUUUGAAGAGCCUUCA